GAGGCGGUUCCCUGGACUCUAUAGUAGCGCAUAAUGAAGCGCUGAAAAGCUUACUCAUCUCAGUCCUGCUGGUUUUGGGCUUCAUCGCUUACUGAAAGUGAAACCUCCUCUGCAGAACAAGCCAGCUGACAUCCAGACAGAGCUCGCUCUAACACUGUAACUGUGAACAUGGCCUCCACAGAGCUCGCUCUUUUGAGUGUGUCAGACAAAACUGGACUGGUGAACUUCGCCAAACGGCUCAUGAAUGUGGGGCUGGCUCUGGUGGCCUCAGGAGGCACAGCCAAAGCCCUGCGUGAUGCUGGACUGGCUGUCAGGGAUGUGUCUGAGCUGACCGGACAUCCAGAGAUGCUGGGAGGCAGAGUGAAGACUCUGCAUCCUGCUGUCCAUGGAGGCAUCCUGGCCAGGAAAAGCGCCUCUGACUCUGCAGACAUGGAGAAACUGGGAUACAAUCUGGUCAGAGUGGUGGUUUGCAAUCUCUAUCCUUUUGUAAAGACCGUCUCCGACCCAAAUGUUACUGUGGACGAUGCUGUCGAGCAGAUUGAUAUUGGUGGUGUAACUCUACUGAGAGCAGCAGCUAAGAACCAUGCUCGGGUCACCAUUGUGUGUGAUCCUGCUGACUAUUCACUGGUUGCCGGGGAGCUGGAAAAUUCAGGAGCCAAAGAUACAACCCUGGAAACCCGCAGGACUUUGGCCCUUAAAGCCUUCACGCAUACAGCGCAGUACGAUGAGGCCAUAUCGGACUAUUUCCGUGGGCAGUACAGUCGUGGAGUGUCCCAGCUGCCCCUCCGUUACGGCAUGAACCCCCACCAAGCACCUGCCCAGAUCUACACGCUGCGCUCCGAGCUCCCUCUCAAGGUGGUGAAUGGCUCUCCAGGCUUUAUCAACCUCUGUGACGCGCUGAACGCCUGGCAGCUGGUCAGAGAGCUGAAGGGCGCCCUCGGCAUGGCUGCUGCCGCUUCUUUCAAACACGUCAGCCCUGCUGGAGCUGCUGUAGGAGUUUCUCUGAGUGAGGAGGAAGCCAAAGUGUGCAUGGUCCAUGACAUGUUGAAGGAUCUCACCCCUAUGGCCACAGCAUACGCAAGAGCAAGAGGAUCAGACAGAAUGUCUUCUUUUGGGGAUUUUAUUGCGCUGUCAGAUGUUUGUGACGUUCCUACAGCCAAGAUUAUAUCCAGAGAGGUGUCAGAUGGUAUCAUAGCUCCUAGUUAUGAGGAGGAGGCGCUCAAAAUUCUUUCAAAAAAGAAGAACGGCAACUACUGCGUGCUCCAGAUGGAUCCAGAGUAUGAGCCGGACGACGCAGAGGUGAGGGUUUUGUUUGGUCUCUACCUCAAGCAAAAGAGGAACGGAGCUCUUAUCAAUAAGGAGUUCUUCAAGAACAUUGUUUCCAAGGGCUCGCUCUCUGCGGAAGCUGUGCGGGACCUCACUGUGGCCACCAUCGCUGUCAAGUACACCCAGUCCAACUCGGUCUGCUAUGCUAAAGAUGGACAGGUUAUUGGCAUCGGCGCCGGUCAGCAGUCUCGGAUCCACUGCAUGCGGCUGGCGGGUGACAAGGCAGACAACUGGUGGCUCAGACACCAUCCUCGUGUCCUAAACAUGAAGUUUCGCAGCGGUGUGAAGCGAGCAGAGAUGGCCAACGCCAUCGACCAGUAUGUCAGCGACACCAUUGGAGAGGGCCCAGACUUGGCUGUUUGGAAGUCCAUGUACAAUGAGGUACCCGAGCCUCUGUCAGUUACUGAAAAGAAGAACUGGACCAGCUCCCUGCAGGCCGUCGCAGUCAGCUCGGAUGCCUUCUUUCCCUUCAGAGACAACAUAGAUCGAGCCAAACGGAGUGGUGUUGAGUACAUCGCAGCUCCAGCGGGCUCUGCUGCUGAUGAGAUUGUGGUUAAUGCCUGCAAUGAGCUGGGCAUCACUCUGGUGCACACCAGUCUGCGACUCUUCCAUCACUGAGCAUCACUGCCUCCAACGUUUCUGAUACUGAGACAUUCCUACUGUUACCAUUAUAGAAGUGUAGAAAUCAGUACAGGUUCACUUUUGUAACAUUAGCUGCAUUCUGGUAUGUGUUAGCUGUGAAUGUUGAAUCUAGGUCAUACAAAUGCAAAAGUCAAAUAAACUGGUAAAUAGA